AUGACAAGGGGUAAAAUUUAUAUGUUCGAUUUAAAAAACAAAGUUUCAGUGGAGAAACUCCAAGAGAUAGCCAAAAACCCAAACAUUCAACGAGUCCCAGGUUUAGCUCUAUUCUACUCAGAGCUUAUCCAAGGAAUUUCCCCAAUCUUCACCCAUUACAUUGCCAAUGUCCCAGCUUUGCAUAAAGUGUUUGUGUUUGUUUCAAUCAAGUCAUUACCAAUAAGCAAGGUCCCGGCUAAGGAGCGCUUCUUGUUCCGACGAGUUGAGCAUGAUGAAUUAGGUAUCUUCCGAUGUAGAGUGAGGUAUGGAUACAAGGAUGUGGAAAAGGAAUGUGAACCAUUCGAGGAUACAUUAGUGAAUAGGUUGAAGGACUUUAUUAGGGAGGAUUUUCUAAAGGUAAGAUCAACCGAGAAUGGGAGAAUUAUAGAGACUAUUGCUGAAAGUGUUGAAGGGGAGGUAUCGAGAAUCGAUGUAGAUGAGGCUGCAAUGGAGAUUCAAUUGGUGGAUAAUGAAUGCAAGAAGGGCGGCAUAAUCUAUAUGUUUGGUGAGAGUGAGGUGGUGGCUUCCAAGACAUCUAGUUGGGGGAAGAAAAUGAUUAUAGACUAUGCUUAUAAUGGGUUGCAUAGGUUCUUAAGGAAACAAGAUGAAGUCUUUGCUAUUCCUCGCAAGCGUUUGUUGAAGGUGGCAAUGACUUACGAGCUAUAGUGUGUGUUGUGUUUUGGUUCCAUAUUAUCCGUUAGUGGUCUUGAUGUAACCAACGUCGACU